UUACCACCUGCAUUUCUACUAUACGCCACUAGAGGGUCCCCCUUUUUAAAAUCCCAUCCUUUCUGAUUUUUUUAUUUUUUUUUUAAAUUCACUCCAUCGCUCUCCCUCCUCCCCGCCUGCCUGCCUUCACUCCCACCUCCUCUACCUCCCUCCACCGGACUGAAGCGCUAGUAACGCCGGUAGGUAAGCCACUGUCGGUCUUUCAACUAAAGAUACAGAAUACAGAGUAAAGGCUCAAACCGCAGUAUCACCGAGGAGACAGUGGAAGCGGCUCUCUGUCUGAUAUCUUGGACUAACAACAGCUGUAGGAAGUCAAGUGGACAGAAGACAGCCCUGCUACAUAAUCCCAACUGGACAGCAGAACACUAUUCUAACAGCAAACCAGCCAGCUAGCAGACACGUUGAACUUUGACCAGUCAGGGCUUUAGAUAAAUGGCUGACAAGCAGAUCAGUUUGCCUGCCAAAUUGAUCAAUGGGGGGAUCGCUGGCCUAAUCGGAGUGACUUGUGUAUUUCCCAUUGACCUGGCCAAGACUCGCCUGCAAAACCAGCAAAAUGGAUCUCGCCUUUACACCAGCAUGUCAGAUUGCCUUAUUAAGACCAUUCGUUCAGAGGGAUAUUUUGGGAUGUACCGAGGAGCUGCAGUGAACUUAACACUAGUCACGCCGGAGAAAGCCAUCAAAUUGGCUGCAAACGACUUCUUCAGGCACCACCUCUCCAAGGAUGGAAAGAUUACUCUGCUCAAAGAGAUGCUGGCUGGUUGCGGUGCAGGUACAUGCCAGGUUAUUGUCACAACUCCUAUGGAGAUGUUGAAAAUCCAGCUCCAAGAUGCUGGACGGCUUGCUGCUCAAAGGAAGCUGAUGCCAGAGACGGUGGCAGCAGGUGCGGUGGAGAUGAAAUCCCCGACAGCCAUGCAGAUUACCAGACAGUUACUGAGGGAAAAGGGCAUUGCUGGGCUGUAUAAAGGCCUUGGUGCCACGCUGCUCAGGGAUGUUCCAUUCUCCAUUAUCUAUUUUCCCCUUUUUGCCAACUUGAAUAACUUGGGGAAAAGAGGCAAAGAGGGCCCAGCUCCUUUCUAUGUGUCGUUUAUAUCAGGCUGCCUUGCGGGAAGCACAGCAGCUGUGGCUGUAAACCCUGUUGAUGUUAUAAAGACUAGACUGCAGUCGCUGACUCGAGGGAGCACAGAAGACACGUACAGUGGAGUGACUGACUGUAUCAGGAAAAUCUUGCGUAACGAGGGUCCAUCAGCCUUCCUGAAGGGAGCCUACUGUCGAGCCUUGGUUAUUGCUCCUCUGUUUGGUAUCGCCCAGGUGGUCUACUUCCUGGGCGUGGGUGAAUUUAUCCUGAGCUUCUUGCCUAAAAAAGACAAAUAAGGAGCACCUCCUUUCUGCCUUUCCCUCCCAUAAUGCAUUACACCAAUUUUGCAAGGAUUCAUCUCAUUCAGAAAUUUUUUUUUUUUGAUGGGUCAGAGCAUGACCAUUAGUACAUAUUAUUUUAAAUUAGUUGUGUUGAAUGUGUUCAAAUCGUUGAGGAGAGAGCCUUUGUUUGCCAAGCUGCCUACAGUGGCACAAAAAAAAAUUCCAGUUGGCAGGCUCAGCUAGGUCUCUGGAUAUGAAGCCACAAAUAUCAGUUUGUUUUAAGUUUUAAAAGGAAUAUCGCUUUAUGGUUACAACAUUGUAUUGCAGUUUUGAAUAUGAUUGUUGAAUUUUUAAAGUAGAUGUACUGCCCUCGGUUGCUGCAGUUCUGCAAGCCGUACAGUCCCAAAUUUUAGCUUUUUAAUGAUGAACAAAUCCUAGCAAUUGGUUUGAAUCUAUGAAUUGUAUCUCAAUCCAAUUAAAAACAAAUGCACAUUCCUUCCUUAGAUAGAAGAAUAUUAGCUCUGUAGGGAAAAAAAUGACAAAAACACAACUAUCCCUCGACCUUACGUCUUAAACAGUAAGAUACGAGUUACAGUAACACAUGCCUCCGUUUCAGACAAAGACCUAGGCAACGUGUUGUGAUACCAGCACAAUCCCCAUGAUCUUACCCGAGAAGCCACAUCCCUUCCUGUAAGUGGUUGUAAUGAACCCAGCCAUUCAGCUCUGAGCAGACUUUUAUUGCCAGGGCUUUCUAAAUAGAUCAGGUUCCAUCUGAUGCUUUGUGCUACCACAAUGGUUCGACUGUUUUCCCUCGCUGGACUGUAUCUCCGUUUCAUGGACGUACACUAAACUGAACCACCACUGUACAACAUUUGGGAAGCAACACAGCGCUACAAACGACAUGUGCAACCUUUGUUUGAACUUUGACAAAAUAGCUGCUGCCGCAGGCUUUUUUCUGGGUCAGGUGCAUUGUACUUCUGCCCACACCCAAAUCAGUGAUGCCACAGCAGGGGUUUAGUUAGCCUUUGUCGGGCGAUGGAAAACACCUGCUGUGACAUCACUGAUUGGAUUGUGAGCUAAGGUGCAGCAGCAGCUUUCUGCCACGCGUGAUGCACAGUGGAGUCAGACACAGGCGAUAGCUGUGAACACUUAAUGAGCUUAAAGUAAUUCUAAUGGAAAGCCAGAUUAUUAGUAAUUAUUGAUGCUAACAAAUGUUCAGACAUCACCUCCUGAGAUUUAUGAAUACAGUCAUCCAUUGUGGAGCCAGCAAGCCCUGAACACUUCAUCCCCCAUUAGGUGCAGAUGCGAUUAUUUUUGUUUACAGAUGAUUUCAUAUUCAGUUUGAAUUUUUUGUCCAAACUUGAAUUCAGUGGCAGGACCCAAAGAGCUAAAGAUGCUUUCGAUAUCAGUGUGUUCUCAGUGCAUUCUCUGAUUUUUUAACCAAACAUCUGUCUAUUUGCUUUAGAGGGUUUUGUUUGCUUUAAGCUGUGACAGAAAGCAGCCCUGUUGUAUCUUGGUUAUGCAUCACAACACUGAAGCCCUGCCAUUGGUUUAUCUCACCGGUGAUCAAGGUGACUUUGAAGUAUAUUAUCCAAUCACAUUCCUUCCUCGCUCCCACUGUUCAAGCAGCUCAUCAGCUGAACUGUUGCACUGUAGAUACACGAUGCAACUCUUCAGAGUAUUUUAUUUGUGGGAGUGAGCUUUAUUUAUCGAUGUUCCUUUCUAUGGGCACUAUAGCACUAUGUAUUUGUGUGGUGGUGUUUUUUUUUUUUCUGUGUCAAAGUGUCCACCUUAUCUAUAUUGUAAAUAUGCAGAUGAUAUGAACUUGACGUUUUAGGAUUUAUUGUUUGUUUUGUAAAUGAUGGCUUAUUUGCACACCUACCUCUCCAGCUCCCCCAUCAAUUCAUAUUAUGGUGAUUUUUAUGUUUAUGAUGUGGACAUAUCAAAUAUUAUACAAGGAAUAUUAAUGCCGGACACAUCAUUUGAACUUAAAUGCAAUUUUUCCUUUUCCUCUAAAUGUUUGCAGUGGGGAACACUAGUUUUGAUUAUUAUUAUUUUGUUUUUAUUUUUUUGGGCGGUGCCAUUUCCCCCGAGCUGUUGUUUUAAAGUCCGUGGGUCAGCCUGUUUCAUCAGCUAGGACCAAAAGAAGCAUUCUGUAAUGCUGAUAGAAGUGUCGUUCGUUUUAAGUGAAUGGCUUGUGCCGAUGCUUUAAGAGUUCAGAAAAUUAAAUGUACAGCCAACAGAUACCUGCUGGCAUCGGGAGGUAAAGAAAAUCUAUCUGUUAUGAAUGGUGCUUUUUUUUUUUUCAUGCGGUAGCUGCAAUAUGACAGUGGCAGCACUAACGACCAAGGCUACACUGACUGAAUCACACUAAUUUAAGCGUUAUCAAUGUCUUAACUGAAAGCCAUAGGUCAGUGAGGGACAUCAUCUGGCACUUCCAGCCAUGACGGCAGAUAACGAGAUGGCACAAAGGCCCACCUGCUCAUAUGUAAUUGCGAUUUUUUAUUUUUUUUUUGGGACAUUCCAAGUUCAUAUUGUAUUUGCUGUUAUUGUGAUCACAAUGCCUACGUCUGUCUUGUUGGGAUUACUGUCAUGAUUUCUUUUUAGCCCCACCCCUCGCCCCUCCCUCAUUGUUUUCGGAUCGUUCUCAUCAGUUUUUGCUUGAACUUUGAAAACGUCGUGCGAGUCAUUUUUGUUUUACUCAGCUGUGAAUUUAAACCGACCUCGUGCAUUAGGUUUUGUGUGUAUGUGCGUGCGUGUCUGAAGGUGUAGUGGUGUAGUUGAUGUGUAGUUGUUAGCGUGACACUGCGGUAUCUUUCUCUCGAUUCUCUUGAUUGUCGGUCCCAUGCGCUUUCGCCUUCUUUCUUUCUAUCUGUUGACCCUCCUCUGCCAUCCAAAGUAUCCAGCAUCAGUCACCAGGGUGCAGGCUAACACAGAGGAACUUUUAAAACACCAAAUGUAUGACUUAGAGUGUAUACAAUCAAAGAAAGCACAAAGGAUGAUUAGGCACAAGAGACCCACUUUGGAUGCUCGAAAUCUCGGAGAUCCAUGUGCUGCUUUUGCAGACGUGAUUUAAAGUCUGGUUUAUUUCUGUGCAGAAAUCUUGAAUUAAAUGAACAUGUAAGUUUAUCUAUGUCUGUAAAACUGGAACCAUAGGGCUGAGACAGCAGGUCCCACAUGAUGGCGUCCACUAUGUUACCCAUCAGCAGUUAUCCACAAAUGUAUAUCGCAUACAUAUUCUAAAUGAAUCUGAUAUAAGAAUGUAACUUAGAUAUUAUGAGAUGUAUUAUAAAUAUAGUUAAGAAUUUAUUACAUUUUAAUCUAAAGAUUUGUGCUUUACACAUUCACUGAAAAAAUUCAUGAACCAGCUCACUGAUAUGCAAUAAGUAAAGCCACACACAGAUACACAGUAGGAAGAAGUAAACACUGAACACAGUCUGUCAGUCACAACAGCACGGUGUAUGAAUAAUGCAGCUGGGGACCUUGGAGGCCUUUUGGGGGUCUGAGCUCAUUUCACGGCCUCUGUUCUCUUCCUCCAAGAGGAAUUGUGCAUUAUAGCACUUUAAAACAAGGAUUCAACCCCCUCCCCCCGGCUGUCCAUCUACAAAGUCUCUCUAUGACAUAGAGGGUGUUUAUGAAUAUGUGGUGAAUGACACAAUUGUCUUAGACAUCGUUUACAAUGCAAUGGAAAAAUAAUUAAAUAAAUUGUGUUCCCUGUCACAAUUUGCUGUUAAAUAAACUCACU